AUGCCAUUUUAUAGAAUGUUUUGGAAUAAUCAGACCCGUUUUUCUAUAGUUUCUGAUGUAAUGGCAAGAAACAGAUUUGACAACCUAAGGUCUUACUUUCACGUUAAUGAUAAUACUCAUAUGUUACCCAGAGAACAUAGCCAACAUGACAAAUUGUUUAAAACCAGACCUUUUUUGAAUGCCAUAAGGGAUAACAUGAAGAAAGUUCAUGUAAAUGUGUAUAUAGCUGUUGACGAAAUAAUUAUUCUUUUCAAAGGUCGCUCAAUUAUGAAGCAGUACAAUAAAAAUAAGCCUCAUAAAUCUGGAAUCAAAAUGUUUGCACUGGCUUCAUCAAAUGGACUAGUGCAUGAUUUUGAAAUAUAUGUUGGCAAAGGUACUUUACCUCCAUCGAACCAUGGCCUAGGUAUAAGUGGAGAUGUUGUCAUGCGACUUAUUGAAUGUAUUCCAAAAAAUGAAAAUUAUAAGGUAUCUAUGGACAAUUGGUUUAAUUCCUACAACUUGCAAUCAAGUGAUAAGCAAUUGAAAUCUGGAGAACGUGGCAAGUUUGAUAGUAGAGUGGACACAAAUAACAAUAUUGUAGUAACUAAGUGGAAUGAUAGUAAAAUUGUGCAUGUAAUUUCAAAUUACAAAGGACCACUACCUGUGGAGAAUGUCAAAAGAUGGGGGCACCGUAAAUGUCCAGGAAAUAAUAAGGCGGACUGUAAAAAUCCGGAAUUUUUCCGUAAUGUCACGGACCGUAAAAAUCCGGAAAAAAAACCCACGAAAC